AUGGAUUUCGCGCCCUACCAAGACGCGCCGGAGACGCACCGCGCCGUCAGCGGCGGCAACGGAGCGCCCAACACGACCGGCAGUGCCUCGCCACCACUACGGUCACCACCCCUCCGCUCACCACCGCUGCGCUCGCCGCCGCCGCGCUCCCCGCCCGCGUUCGCGAAGCCCGUCCGCUCGGCCUCGGCCAUCGGCACCAGCGCGCUGUACUCGCCCUCGCCGUCGGGCAUGGGCAUGGGCGGCAGCGGGAGCUAUUUCCCGCCCACGCACGCGCGCGACCUGGAGAGCGGAAGCGGGAGCGGGAGUGGGAACGGUUGGAAUGGACUGAGAGUCGGUGGGGGCGCCGGCGUCAGGCAGGAUAUGGACCUCUUUGAGACGCGGCUCGGGCUGCGCAUGGACUACGAGGCUUGUUUGGCGUAUUUGCUCUUGCCGCCGGCGGGCGGCGUGCUGUUGCUUGUGCUGGAGCAUCGCAGCGAUUAUGUGAGGUUCCACGCGUGGCAGUCUAGUCUGCUCUUCGCGUUCCUCUUCGUCGUGCACGUCAUCCUCAGCUGGAGCAGCUUCCUCUCCUGGACGCUGCUGCUGUGCGACCUGUGCCUGAUCGGAUACCUGACGUUCCGGGCGUAUCGGGAUGCAUCGACCCUCGAUCGCUGCGAAGUCCCGUUCUUUGGUCCUCUGGCUAGCUCCAUAUUGGAUGACGAGUAG